AUGCUAUACGCAACAGCAAAACUUUCGAAUGAUUUAAUUAUUGAUAUCCCAGUGCCAACACUCAAAGUACUCCUGGAAAUCAAAAAGGCGAAAAGUUCAUCUCUACCAACCUCUUUGGUUGACAACCAAAGCAAUAAAAGCGCAUUUGGAUUAUUUUUACUAUCAUUUGAGAACGAAGUUUAUAAAAAAACACAAUUGUCUGCAAAUUUAUGGGGUAAAUUUGCAGUGGCUGGAAGGGAAACUUGGAUAAAUGCAAAUGAGGAAUAUCAAGAUGCUUUUGUUGUACUUGUUGAAUUAAAUUCUCAAGAUGAAUAG